AUUAACCCUAAAAGGACCUGUUGAUUUCUCUUUAAGCUGUCAGAACGUGGAGGAAAAGAUGGGCUGGCCACAGUCUCUGCAAGGAGCAGAUGUGUCCAAAGUCCGCACCAUUUACCUCAACGAACCCCUUAGGAACGCUUUCUGCAAAAACUCCAUCAGCACAGCCAAGUACAGCCUGUGGUCGUUCCUCCCUCGAUAUUUAUAUCUGCAGUUUAGCAAAGGUGCCAAUGCUUUCUUCCUGUUCAUUACGAUACUGCAGCAAAUUCCAGAUGUGUCUCCAACGGGGAAAUACACAACUCUCUUGCCUUUGAUGAUUAUUCUUACCAUUUCAGGCAUCAAAGAGAUUGUAGAAGAUUAUAGACGACAUAUGGCAGACAGAUUAGUUAACACGAAGAACACAAUAGUGUUCAGAGAGAAUGAAUGGAAAGUGAUUAUGUGGAAAGAGGUCAAUGUAGGUGACAUUGUGAAGACCUCAAAUGGACAGUUCCUUCCUGCAGACAUGGUUCUGAUUUCUUCCAGUGAACCCGAGGCAACGUGUUAUAUUGCAACCAGUAAUCUGGAUGGGGAGACAAACCUAAAAAUACGGCAGGCUUUGUUACAAACCGCUGACAUGCAAACAGAAAAACAAUUGUCAAGCCUCUCUGGAAAAAUAGAAUGCGAAGGACCUAAUCGUCAUUUCGAUACCUUCAUUGGAACCUUGUAUCUAAAUGGUAAAAGCCCGGUUGCAGUCGGACCUGGUCAGGUCCUGCUAAGAGGUACACAACUUAAAAAUACCCAGUGGGUCCUUGGCAUAGUUAUUUAUACUGGAUCUGAAACCAAAUUCAUGCAGAAUUCCAUCAAACUGCCCCUCAAGAGAUCGACUGUUGAGAAGGUGACCAACGUGCAAAUCCUUCUGCUGUUUUUGCUGCUCCUGGCCAUGUCCUUGGUGAGCUAUGUGGGAGCCAUACUCUGGAAGGAAGGGCAUGGAGGAGACAUUUGGUACAUCGGGAUGAAGGAGAGCAGCUCCCACGGCCUAGGGUUUGACAUAUUGGUGUUCAUCAUCUUGUAUCACAAUCUCAUCCCCAUCAGCCUGCUGGUCACUCUGGAGAUUGUGAAGUACAUUCAGGCCCUGUUUAUAAACUGGGAUGAAGACAUGCAUUAUAAAGGAAAUAAUGUCUAUGCCAUGGCCAGAACGUCCAAUCUUAACGAAGAGCUUGGGCAGGUGGAAUAUUUAUUUUCUGAUAAAACAGGAACGCUCACUUGCAAUAUUAUGACACUGAAGAAGUGUACCAUUGCAGGCAUAAUUUAUGGAAAUCUGUCAAACAGAAGUGACACCAUUUUGGACAACCUAAGUGUGUCACCCUCUACCAUCACAGAAACCAGUGGAUUCAGUGACCCAAUGUUACUGCAGAACUUUGAGAGUGACCAUCCCACAAAAGAUUACAUAAAGGAGUUUCUUACCCUGUUAUGUGUGUGUCACACCGUUGUUCCGGAGAGAGAUGGAGAUGACAUAAUCUACCAGGCUUCCUCCCCAGAUGAAGCAGCUUUAGUGAAAGGAGUGAAGAAAUUUGGCUUUGUUUUUACUACAAGAACGCCAUCCUCUGUCACCAUAGAAGCUAUGGGACAGAACUUCACAUUUGAAAUUCUUAACAUCCUGGAGUUUUCUAGUAAUAGAAAAAGGAUGUCUAUAAUUGUCCGAACUCCUACAGGAAAGCUCCGGCUAUACUGCAAAGGGGCUGAUACAGUGAUUUAUAAGAGACUUUCAGAUGACUCUCUCUUUGUGAAGGAGACAUUGGCCCAUCUGGAAUGUUUUGCCAAAGAAGGGCUGAGAACCCUCUGCAUCGCCUAUACAGAUUUAACUGAGAAAGAAUAUCAACAGUGGUUGAUGGAGUAUAAAAAAGCAAGUACAGUUCUACAAGACAGAAUGCAGAGUUUGGAAGAAUGCUAUGAUAAUAUUGAAAAGAAUUUUCUGCUGCUUGGCGCCACAGCCAUUGAAGAUCACCUUCAAGCACACGUUCCAGAAACGAUAACAACUCUACUGAAAGCAAACAUAAAAAUAUGGGUCCUGACAGGAGAUAAACAAGAAACUGCAAUUAACAUAGCUUAUUCCUGUAAACUGUUAUCAACCCAGAUGCCUCGUAUUCAACUGAAUUCAAAGUCACUUGAGGCAACACAACAAGCAGUUAAUCAGAACUGUCAAGAUCUUGGAAUCCUGUUAGGGAAAGAAAAUGACCUGGCCCUCAUCAUUGACGGUGAAACACUGAAGUAUGCCUUCCAUCCUGACAUUAAGAGGAACUUCCUCAACUUGGCCCUCUCGUGUAGAGCAGUAUUAUGUUGUAGGUUGUCUCCGCUCCAGAAGGCAGAAAUCGUGGACCUGGUGAAGAAGCACGUAAGGGCCAUCACCCUUGCCGUCGGGGACGGGGCCAACGACGUGGGGAUGAUCCAGACGGCGCACGUGGGCGUGGGGAUCAGCGGCAACGAGGGCAUGCAGGCCACCAACAACUCGGACUACGCCAUCGCGCAGUUUAGCUACUUGGAGAAGCUUCUGUUGGUUCAUGGAGCUUGGAAUUAUUUUCGAGUGACAAAAUGCAUAUUGUACUGUUUCUACAAAAAUGUCGUGUUAUACAUUAUUGAGCUUUGGUUCGCCUUUGUCAAUGGAUUUUCUGGGCAGAUUAUAUUUGAACGUUGGUGCAUUAGCUUAUACAAUGUGAUUUUCACUUCAUUACCACCUCUUACUCUGGGGAUCUUUGAGCAGUGCUGCAGUGAGAAGAGCCUGCUGAGGUAUCCACAGCUCUACAGGAUUUCUCAGGCAGGGGAAAUCUUCAACACAAAGGUGUUUUGGUUUCAGUGUAUAAAUGCUUUGGCCCAUUCUUUCAUUCUCUUCUGGUUGCCCAUGAAAAUGCUGGAAAAUGAUAUGGUCUUACAAGGGGGCUAUACUACAGACUAUUUGUUUCUUGGAAAUUUUAUUUAUACGUACGUAGUUGUCACUGUUUGUCUGAAAGCUGGUUUAGACACACUAUCUUGGAAUAAAUUUAAUCAUUUGGCAAUCUGGGGAAGCAUAGUUAUAUGGCUGGUGUUUUUUGCAAUUUACUCUUUCUUAUGGCCCACAAUUCCUCUUGCUCCUGAAAUGAGAGGACAGAUCAGUAUGGCCCUGGUUUGUCCACACUUCUGGCUGGGUUUCUUCAUAGUCCCCAUUAUGUGCCUGAUUCUAAAUCUAUUAUGGACAUCGAUUACAAACACCUGCAACAGGACGCUCCUGGAAGAGGUUCGUGAGAUGGAAAGUGGCAAAGUUCAAGGGCUUCAUCUUCCAACAGUGUCUGAGAAGGGGAUGAAGACAAAACACCCUCAGCUGCCUCUACCCAGCCAGCUGCACCAGGUCGUCUUCCAGGACGAAUCCGUUGAUCGCAGUGCCCCACACGGGUACGCGUUUUCCCAGCUAGAGCACCGGGGGAGCAGUCAGGAAGGACCCGGCCGUUCUUCCGACGCGCCCGCAGUCGAAACCAGAUAAGCGCUUCAGUGCGAUCGCUUGAGUCCAGCGCUGGGUGAGCUCUGGGCCCCACGUGCGGAGACUGCGGAGCGUGCCAGCACCCCCACAUGCUCAUUUCUUGCGACUCUGGCCAGUUUGCUGCUUAUGUCAUCGACGGAGCCACAAUCCUCGGGUAUAAAUAACGGGGGAAGCCUGUUUGCGUUUUUUUUUUUUAAUUUGCCUUCAGUGUUU